AUGUCUGCAUUAACCCCCGCCAGUGAAGUCAUGCUGCGCCACAGUGAUGAAUUUAUCGAACGCCGCGUGCUGUUUGCCGGCGAUCUGCAGGACUCCUGCCGGCCCAAUUCGAGCCGCGGACUUCGGUUUGACCAUCGAUCCCGCUUUCGUCGCCAACUGCGAUACGCUGGUUUACUACUGGCCGAAGAGCAAGCAGAAGCGCAAUUCCAGCUGUGCAACAUCCUGGCGCUGCUGCCGGUGGGCGUAGACGUGUUCGUGGUCGGUGAAAACCGCAGCGGCGUGCGCAGCGCCGAGCCAACGCUGGAAGGCCACGUUGCGCUGGUGAAAAUCGACAGCGCGCGCCGCUGCGGCCUGUAUCACGGCCGUCUGGACGCACAGACCGAAUUCGACCUGAACGACUGGUGGGACAGCUAUCAGCUGCACGAUCUGGAAGUGAAAACGCUGCCGGGCGUGUUCAGCCGCGACGGCCUGGACGUCGGCAGCUCGCUGCUGCUGUCGACGCUGGAAAAACACAUGAAAGGCAAGGUGCUGGACAUCGGCUGCGGCGCCGGCGUGAUGGCCUCGGUGAUGGCCAAGCUGUCGCCGAAGGUGAAACUGACCCUCAGCGACGUCAACGCCGCCGCGGUGGAAUCCAGCCGCGCGACGCUGGCCGCCAACGGCAUCGAAGGCGAAGUGAUCGUCAGCAACGUUUACUCCGACAUCACCGGCCGUUUCGACAUGAUCAUCUCCAACCCGCCGUUCCACGACGGGCUGCAGACCAGCCUGACCGCCGCUGAAACCCUGAUCCGCGGCGCGGUGAAACACCUGCCGAUCGGCGCCAGCUGCGCAUCGUCGCCAACGCCUUCCUGCCAUACCCGGACAUUCUGGACGCCACCUUCGGCAGCCACGAGUGCUGGCGCAGAACGGCCGCUUCAAGGUGUAUCAGGCCCCGUCGGCCGCCCACCGCGCGCGCCGAAGAAGAAAUAA